AUUAAGUUCCGUUCCGUUCAGUUCACCAACCGCAAAUAAAACCGCAAAAUUAGAAUCAGUUCCAGGCGCGUAAGAACCACGCUCACAUGACUCAUGAAAUGAACCGGUGACAAACCUACACACACCACAGUGGUAAAUCGGUAACCGGUAACCUGUUUACUCGUGUGCGUGAACCUUCCCUGAAACCGAAAGAGUCCAUCGACUCUUCAAUCUCCAUUCCCUAAUCUGAAGACCUUAACACAAUGGCUUGCUGAUAAGGCAAUGAAUCCAUCUAUCUCCUCUUCAAUCACAUCGUCUUCGUCUUCAUCUUCUUCUUCUUCCGCCUCCUCCUGGUUUUCCGGAAUCGUUCGAGUUGGCCGUACCGAUAGGUCAUCCAGUUUGAAAAUGUCAGGUAACUCUGCCGUCGCAGUUAUUGCCUCUGCAGACGUCGCUGGUCCCGUCGUCCGCAAAAAUCAACUCCGAGGAGUUCUUUUCAAGUACGGUCCUAAUCCUAUUCAGGUUGCGUUCAAAAGUGGUGAUUUCAAGAGACAAGUUAUUUUUAUUGGUGGAUUAACUGAUGGAUUUCUUGCUACCGCAUAUUUAGAACCUCUGGCAAUUGCUCUGGACCGUGAGAAUUGGUCACUAGUUCAAUUUCUUAUGUCAUCUUCUUAUAGUGGAUAUGGCACCUCCAGCUUGCAACAAGAUGCUAAGGAUCUUGAUCAGCUUAUUAAUCAUUUAAUUAACAAAGAGGAUUCUGAAGGUGUGGCAUUACUUGGGCAUAGUACUGGCUGUCAGGACAUUGUGCAUUACAUGCGCACAAAUUUUGCUUGCUCCCGAGCUGUUCGUGCUGCCAUCUUGCAGGCUCCAGUCAGUGAUAGGGAAUAUCAAUCUACACUCCCUCAGACAGCUGCUAUGAUUGACUUGGCUGCGAAAAUGAUAAGUGAGGGCCAGGGUUCAGAGCUAAUGCCAAGGGAAGCAGAUCCUAGUGCCCCAAUUAGUGCUUAUCGAUAUCACUCCCUUUGCGCUUAUAAUGGUGAUGAUGACUUGUUCAGUUCUGACCUGAGUGAUGAUCAGUUGAGGAUGAGACUUGGGCACAUGUCUAGCACACAUUGCCAGUCUAAAAGGUCGCCUGGAGUUUCUUUUUUAUAUAAAAAAAAAAGAAGGAAAAGGUCACCUAGAGUUGGCUCUGGUGGUAAGGGAGCUGGGUUUGAAGAUAUAAGUUUAUAUCAUGCUGGUUAUAUUUUCAAUGGCUGAUGAAUAUGUGCCAGAUUAUGUUGAUAAGAAAGCACUAGUUGAACGAUUAUGCAGAGCGAUGGGAGGCGCAGAAAAAGUAGAGAUCGAAUAUGGAAACCAUUCCCUUUCUAACAGAGUUGAAGAAGCAGUCAAUGCUAUUGUCGACUUCUUAAAAAGAGAGGGACCCAAGGGCUGGGACGACCCGUGGAAUUAAUGCGGGUGUCUAUCAAUUUUCCCUUUUUUUUGGUUGCCAUUGUUGUUGUUUCCUUUUCUCAAUAAUUUCUAUCUUCUAUUUUUCUCUCGUUUUUUUAUUGAUUGGGUUGUUAUUGCAGCCUUAUUUUUUGUUAAUAUAAUAGAUGGUAAUAUACAUUGUGUUAAGGAAAAAAUUUGUAUUUUUUUAAAUUAAUUAAUCACGACAGUAGCAUUCGUCUAGCA